AAAUGAAGCAUGCAAAGAGCCAACCAUCUCAUUUCGUCUUUUCUUGGUUUUUCUGCUUUACUUCAUUUUUUUUUCGUUUUUGCUUCUAGUAACAUUAUUAUUAUUUAAAAAAAAAACUAAUAUCCAAGAUUAAAUGGUAUCAAGCUCUUAAUAACUCGUUUAUAAGCCUCAAUCAAAGUCAAGAAAGCCAAGGUCCAUAUUUAAAAUAGCUAAUGCGAGUUUGGUUUAAGAAACUUCCAGAUGGAGUUAUAAGCUCCGUUCUCGUAAGCGAGGAAAGUCUAGUGGAUGAUUUAAAAGAUGCAAUUACUCAAAAAUUCCCUUUGCGGAUCGGGCAACACGUUGAUGCACCCGAACUGAAUAUUCGCCUCAAUAUUCCGAAAAAUGGUACUAGUGAUGCUCAAACUAGAGACCUGGAACCAAAUGAUAAUAUUUUAUUGAUUUUGAAUUACUACUUUCCUCAUGGCCAAACCAUGGAUGAUGCGCUUUUGGUGAGUGCACCAGCUGUUUCCUCUGCACAAACUCAGCUACGCGGCAGCUCAUUGCCUUCCACUAGGUCAAACAGUUAUGAAAUGACUACGAACAAUAGUUUUUCUGAAAAUGUAUCCGCCUCCCAACUCCCCAAUUCAAUUUCUGAAUCAAGUUCUCACCACAGACAGUCCUUCGUUUCUGAACUAUCAGAGUCCCCUUCUAAUAAUUCCCUCCAUCGAGUACCUAGUAAUUCUUAUUUUAGUAAGGGUUCCAGUGUGGGAACGCCUACUGGCCGUUCGGCAGGAAGAACUCGUUCAAAUACACUCGUUAAUAAACCAGGGGUUCUUCUUUUACCUCGCUAUUCGCGGCACCAGAGCAAUAGUAAUCGCUCUGGUGUAUCGGAUCAUGCUUCUAAUGAAAGGUCUAGUUCUGCAGUCAAUACUAUCUCUAAACAGACGUCUGAUACCUCUGUUGGUUCUACUGGUACAAUCAAGGCAGAACAAAGUAAACCUGUAGUGACACCGAAGAGCAGCAGUGAUUCUUUAUUCAAUAGACCUAAUUCGUCUCCUUUUCAAAAUACCUUGGUCAACGAUGCUUCGUCUAUGGACGUCGAACAGAUGGUACCCAGUUCCACCGUUAAUAAUGCUUCGGGAGUGCCUGUACCAGAAACGUUGACCAAAUCUACUGAUUUACCUCAGUUGAGUUAUUCUGAUAAUCCUAAUGAUAGUAUAACCAACUCCCCUGUAAAUGUACUAGGAACGGACUCCAUGUCUGGCAAAACGACUUUUGCUAGCUUACUGGAAGGUGUUAUUCCUCCUAUCGAGGUUUUAAUUGUUGAAGACAACAUUAUUAAUCAGAAAAUCCUUGAAGCCUUCAUGAAGAAACGUAAUAUUUCUUCAGAAGUCGCUAAAGACGGUCCGGAAGCUUUAGAAAAGUGGAAAAAGAAAUCUUUUCACUUAAUUUUAAUGGAUAUCCAACUUCCCACCUUAUCAGGCAUAGAUGUUACCAAAGAGAUUCGACGACUGGAGCGUCUUAAUGCCAUAGGUCUAGUUGCUCAGAAACCGUCUGAACCUAUUCCUGAGAACGAGCUGUUACCACCCGACAAGUUCCAGUCGCCGGUUAUUAUCGUUGCUUUGACAGCUUCCAGUUUGAUGGCUGAUAGAAAUGAAGCUUUAGCAGCAGGUUGUAAUGAUUUCCUGACGAAGCCUGUGUCGCUUGUAUGGCUUGAAAAGAAAAUUACGGAAUGGGGUUGCAUGCAAGCACUGAUUGACUGGAACAGAUGGCGGCGCUUCCGCGGUCACUAAUCCCAUGUGUUUAAUAUCUUAUUAUUAUUUUUUCCACAAAUAUUGUAAUAGUGGAUCUAUUGGGCAUUGUGAUAUAUACGCAUAUGUGUGUAUUUCGAUGUUCUAUUCUAUCACUUGUUAAUUUUUUUGCUAAUCUCUGGUUACAGACAAUAUCUUGAUUGAUUUUGCUUAUAAUUUAUUUUUUGUUACCAAAAACUCUCGAAUGGUUCACGUUUUGUCUUAUUUAAUGAAACAAACUGUGCUUAUUGCCAAGAUGACCAUGGCUUGGAAAGCGUCUAAUGCUUCGGGGUACUCUCAUAAUAGAGCAGGAAUAUCUUCCAAAAAAAAAACACAUUAGAGAGAUGAUUAUCAAUGUACUAUUCUGUUCACUGGUGGUUAUUACUAUUAAUGUCCUUUCGAUGAAUUUCCCGUUCAGUGUGGUUAGUUUGACCAGGAACUUUGCAUAACGAAGUUCUUGUUCUGUAUAUGUAUUGCACAACUAUCCUAAUUAUUUACCUUCUUAACCGUGUUACGAAUCUUUCUGAUCGUUUGAAUUAUUAGAUUUUCUUUUAUUUCUUCUCGUAUCAUAUAACAAUACCCUCUAUAGUGAUAUGGUUUUAAGCAGUCUUCUAUAUGUUUUUGUGCCUUAAUUUUGGCUUCAAUUCUCCUUAGGUUUGUAAUAUAGUCAAAAUAAACCAUUGUAUUAAUAUUAUUUUACCUUUUUUUUAUGCUUUGUUAUU